AUGCCAAAUUUGGCUUAUCUUCAUGUGUUCGGUUGCGAGUGCUACAUUCUUAAUGAUAGAGAAAAGCUUGGCAAGCUUGACGCUAAGAGUGAUGAAGGAGUGUUCUUGGGGUACUCUAGCAACAGUUGUGCUUACGUGGAGCCAAAAUCAGCCAAGGAAGCCUUUAAAUAUGAGCACUGGAUAUUUUUCAUGCAAGAUGAGCUUCACCAAUUUGAAAGAAAUAAAGUGUGGACUCUUAUUUCACGUCCUUUGGGUGCCAACAUCAUUGGUACUAAAUGGAUGUUUAGAAAUAAGACUGAUGAAGUGGGAAAUUUUGUGCGCAACAAGGCAAUACUAGUAGCUCAAUGGUAUACUCAGAUUGAGGGAGUGGAUUUUGAGGAAACAUUUGCCUCGGUUGCUAGAUUGGAAUCCAUAAGACUUUUGUUGGCUGUGGCGUGUUUCAUGAAGUUCAAGUUGUACCAAAUGGAUGUCAAUAAUGUUUUUUUGAACGACAUCCUUGUGGAAGAGGCGUAUGUCUCAACUUCCUGGGUUUGA